AUGGGUGUACGAGGAGUGUAGGGGUGUGGGAAUUCUGUUUUCCGCGAGGAAGAUUCAGAAUCUAAAGGCGAGAACAAAAAAUUCGAAGAGUACCUGGUUCGAAGUUGCAGUAGAAGGUGGACAGCUGAACUGCUUCUGUAGAAGUGCUCUUGAUCUGAUUCCACGUCGUAAUCUUCUUCUGCUCGUGUUGACUGCGCCAAUUGUUGUUGGAAAUCAAUUGGGCUCUGCCCGCACAGGUUCGAAUCCUGUCGACUGCGCCAAUUGUUGUAUCUUCACGUGUAGUUGUGAAGGUAUGUAGUCAGCCAGAUGUAGGGUAACAAAUAUAGAGAGGUUUAUUACAGAAUAAUAAUAACAAAACGUAGCGUAACACCAAACAUUCACUGAAUAAUAUGUAACAACUGAGCUCCCUUUUCUUCUAGGCUUCGAGAAGCUUCGAAUGAAACGGAAUGCCAAUAACGUAGUCGCAGGUUUCGUCUCGGGACUCAACAAUCAAUAGCUGCUAAGUGAGGGAAAUGAAGUCUUCAUGAUUAUUAGAUGGAUUUAAUUUAUUUUUCGAAAGUUUAAAACAGAGUUUUUAAAAAAUUUUUAAAGAUUUUCCAAAUUUUUACAGCUGAAUCGAUUUUAACUCGAUUUUCGUUUCAGACCAGUGAUGAUUUGGACAGCAUUGUGAGCCAGGACGAAUUCACGAUCCCUCCAUCACACAAUGCCACCUAUUUCCGGGCUGGAGUUUCGCCUCGCCCCAAUUCUUCGAAUCCGGAGCCUCACCCUGUUUUUGCCGAAUCCGACGCUGAACAACCUCGACACUCACUUCCGAUGACCUCAUCCAAACCCUCGAUCCAAUCACAACCCGUUUUCAAGGACUCCGAGCCAAAGAGCUUGGCCAAUUCGGCCGAACGGCCCAAUCACAGUUCCGCCGUUCAAUCGACCAGCCAGUUUGCGCACAGCGAUGGGAAACAGCUUGCGGAGGAGCGCCCUUCUCCAAAGAGUGAUCGCAAUCCGGUUCAGUCGCCGUUGCCACCUCAAGAACGGCCAACGACCCUUUCUUUACCGAAAAGUAAUGGAAGUAUAAGGUCGAAUGGAUCGCCUGGAACAACGCCGAUUGCAAAAGCCGCCCAAUGCAAGCAGGACGCGUUGAAAGAUGCCUCAGGAAUGAUGGAAGUUCAUCGGAUGUUGCAAAAAUUCAAUGCGAAACGAUUCAAUGAGAGCAAGGAUAAGGUGGAGCCUGGAAGUGAAUAUGAGGGUUGGUUUGACUAUUUUUUGAGUGGAUUUUUUUGGUGUUUAGUGGUACUUGACCAACCAUUGCGAUAUGCUUUUCGAUUUAUAGUGUUUUGAAAGGAUUUGCGAAAGUGAAAACGGGGUUUUCCAUUUUAUACGAUGAAAGGUGUCUGAAAAUGAAAAAAUUUAAAAGCUCAAUAAUGCACCAUACGUAUUUUAAAAUUACAAUAGCUUUUGUUGCAAAUAAUUUAUGCUAAAAAUAUAUUUUUUAUUGAUUUUGCUUGAAGUUUCGAUAAAAAGUCUGGGCGCAGCUCGCCGACUCGGAAACUUUAAAUAUGACGUAUGACUUAAUAAAGCAGGUGCAAAAUUACAUUUGGAACAAAUUGUAGAAGCGAGUUUAACUCAUUUUACAUCUCGGGGUGUCCAUUUUCGACAAAACUCUAGGGCGCAGGUCGCCAAAACAGAACCUCAAAUAGCCAAUGUAGGAUUCCAAAAAUACGUUUUAUUACAUCUCUUGCUGCCUUUAGAAUCUCUAAUUUAUCUAAUCAGAGACAAAAACCUCCACUUUUUUCCCUCUGGCCAACCAUUUCUGACAAAUCCGAGGGCGCAGCUCGCCUACAAAAGCCCAAAUAUCAAGUAUGAGAUCCCGAAAUAAGAAGAUUACUCGCCUAUGCAAAUUUGCGAAAGGGUUUAUUCUAAUCUCAUAUGCGCCUCCUAUUCAAAUAUCGCCGAAAUUCGAUCUCCGACUCGACUCACUCAAAAUUUUUUUUGAAACUUUCGCUCGGCGCCCUCUCUCUGAUAUACCUGCAAUGAGAUCUUAUGGAUGAUAUCGCACGCGGAGAUCUAGACGCAUAAGCUUUCCAUUUCUCUUGAUUUUUGGGGAUUUUAUGAUGUUGGCAAGGCUUGAAGGGGGAAAUUUAGAGGAUAUUUGGGAUUUUGAUAUGAUUCUUGGGGAUUUUUGUGUUUAUUUGGGAUAAUGAAGGGUUUAGAAAGAAAGAAUACUUGACUUUAGGGAUAUUGAAGUUAUUAAAUCUCAUUUUUAAGAUAAAAAUUUGUGAUUUUUGCCUAAAAUUUGUUGUUUUUGGGUAAAUUUUGGAUUAAAACCGAUGAUUUUACUUUUUUUUGAUAAACUUAUUAUUUUAAUAUAUCAUAUGUGCUGUUAUUUGUCGUAUUUUAAAAUGAAAUCCAACUUUAAGCAUCAAAAAUUUGAGAAAUUUUCAAAUUUUUGUCUAGUGUAAUAUAAUUUUUUUUGUAAUUUUUAUGCAUAAUCUUUGUGUAACAGUGGGAUUUAUGGGUAAAAUACGACAGAUGCUUUUGUAGGAAAAUUUUUUUAUUUCCUAUAGACUCAAUAUUCGUUUUAAACCGGCGGUUUUUUGAUGUUGUAGUAGAUGGCAUUGAGCCGCUGUCGGCGGCUGGUCUUUUUAAUAGCGACUCUCUCCUUUUUCGCUCCAUGAAUAGAGUCAAGAGGUUCUCGGUUACGUCGAUGACCUUAAGCGUCGACUGAAUUGGGUCGAUUUUUCGUUUGUUUGGUUUUGAAUUUUUGGGGGAUUUUUUGAAAUAAAUUAAUUUUGUUUGUGUUAAAAUAGGCAAAGAAGUGUUGGACGUAUUUUACAAGUGUAUAUCCAUAUCUGGACUUGAUGGAAACUAAAAUUUUUGAGCAAAUUUUAAGAAAAACGAAAUUUUUAUAUUGUACUUGAUAUUUUUGAAAAAAUUUUGGUCAAGAUUUUAUUUACUAGAGGAAUUUUAUUUUCUGAGAACUUUAAGACACUUGAUGCCUCUAUAACUACGAUAAAAAUACCUAAAAUACGGGGUUUUACCCAAAGAAUCGUCGAUUUUUGUAUUAAAAUAGGUUUUUUGAUCUUUUUUUGUUGAAAAAUGAUGAGAACGUUAUUUAAAAACCCCGGAAAAGGUAGUGUAAGGCUUUUUAUAGCAUAAAAAGACGUUGUAACGCCUCAAUUACACCCCAUAUUGAGCUGGCGAUAUUAUCCUUGGAUCUAUCUCCCAAAAGUUAAUUGAAGCCAUCCCUUCCGCCGGAGGUUUGACCCACUUCCAGCACAAUGAUUUACUCUAUUCCCAAAUAACAGCAUUUCCCUCGUUCCGAAAUUACAGCCUUUUGGUGUCGUAAGGGAUGGGCGGAAUGGAUUUAUUGCAUCCGAAACCUCUAAUCUAAUAUAAGGAGGUUAAAAUAUGGGUUGGAGUGGGGGUUUGGAGAUGAUGGGAAAGGAAUGGAGAGGAAGUAAGAGUUGUAAAGUAAUUUGGAAGCUAAAUGAAGAUUAGUUUUGGGGGUUUUAGCCAUUGUUUACUAAAUUUUGUCAUGGAUAAUAUAAAAGAAUGGCGUAGAAACAUGUAGGAGAGAUCAAAAUGGAUUAGAGAUGACUUGAAAUGGUCUGUAAAUUAGUCUGGAAGGUGUUUAGGGCUAUUCAGACACUUGAAACGGAAUGCCAAGAUUGGCGGGAAAUUCAAAUUUUUGAAAAUUAAACUCAAGUUUUGAUUGCAGAUUGUCAUUUUUCGAUUACUGCGACCUAAAUAACUUUGAAAAUAACUAAAUGAUUGUUUUUUAACCAAAAAUAUCAAUUUUUAUCAUGGAUAAUAUAAAAAAUCAAGAUUUUUUUUUCUAAAACAAUAUUUUUAUCUAGAAUUUGAUGUCAUGAUGCCUUUCAUAUUCAAUUUUACGUCGAAUUUCGUCCCUUGUUUUUCAUAGUUUUUGGUUUUCGACCCCAUUUGAAAGGUCAACUUGAUUUGGAACACAUUAAAAACAUUUGAAAACUUGACUUUUUAUUCGGAAUUCCGCGCGAAAAUAUGCGAAACGCGAUGGAUGGUAGUCGGAAGGAAAUGAAGGUAGUUUUUGGAAGACGACUCGAAUUUCGAGGUUCUAACGGGUUUUUGGAAGGAAUUUGAAAGAAAAAAUAAGUUUGUGAGAAAUUUAUGGUGUCAGAGAUGUUUUACUCGUUGAAUUUGUGGAUUAAAUAGAUUCUAAUGGCUUUAGAAUUGCAUUGCGAAGUUGGACUUUGUGGCUGGGUGUCAAAAAUUUGACUUUUGGACAUUAAUUUAUGUUAUACUAGGUAUCAGAUGAUAAAAGAUAAAAUUUUGGUGGUUUGUGGAAUAAAUUUUGAUAGAGUGAGUUUUCAAGGGCUGUAAUAAGGUGUGUGGAUAAUGUAGAGUUAAAAAUGACACCUAUUAUAACUGAUUUAUUUUAUGAAAUGGACAAAAAAAUAAAAGAUUCCUCUCAAAAAUUUGAUUAGUUUUAGUUGAACUAGUCCAAAAGCUCUAUUUUUGCCGUUGACCUUAAUGCAGAGCCAGCAAUGUGUCUAACAUGGAUUACGUCAUAAAUCGUAAGCGAUUGCCCUUGCGUCGGGGCGAUCGCAAAACUUUUACGAUUCCGACACUCAUUCUGGCUGAUUAAUGGCUAUAUUUCCACCUCAAGGACAAUAGCCGACUGACGUAAAGGCUCUUAAAACAUACUUUCCAACUGUUUUAUGGACCACAAAAGGUUUUCGGUUUAGAUGUAGCGAUUUUGAGAUUUUGGGGAUUGUUUUUUGUCAUGGAUAAUAUAAAAAAAUCCGAUUUUUUGACGAAAAUGUAAGUUUCAAGACGUUGUAAAAUACGAGUCGGUGUGAUAUUGGUAUUUUAUAGGGGUUUGAGGCAUUUUCAACACUUGAAACAUAAUGCCAAAAAUUGUGGGAAAAUUUAAUUUUGAAUUUUUUGAGCCGAAAGUUUGUUAGAAUAUACGUGAGCUGUCUGCAGAUAGGUGAAAAUGUAGUUUUAGUGCCGUAAAAAUCCUUUUACGUCUUUAAAAAAGUAGCUUUCCUUGAAAGUUUUGAAAAAAUCGCUGAUAAAAGUACAAAAAAGGCCAAAAAGUCAUCAAAAACUGCAAAUAUCUACGUAAUUGGAACCUCAUUACUCUUUUUAAUGACUUGAAAAUUACGUGAGAGCGGAUUAUAAAAUUAAUUUCAAGACGAUAAUAAAAUGGAGGCGUCCGGUUGGGAGAUGGCGAUAAGGUGUAGCCAUGAUGAAUGGCGUAGGUUUUGAGAGAGUUUCGGUAGAUUGAGGGCUUAUAGUCUGUUUGUCUUGCAAAUUGACAAUAUAAACCCUAGAUGGGGGUUUGAUUAGUUUUAGGGCAGUUGAAGAGAGAUGGGAUAUUAUACUAGAUAUUUUUUUGAGUUUUUUUGAAUGUUAGAGGAGACAAAUUUGAGUGGAAUUAGCAGAGUAGCCAUUUUUACAGUAUUGUUUAGCUUUAUUUUGAGCUCAAAGUAUUUUUGUGAAGGUAAAAUAUGUCAGUUUUCAAACAUUUUGGUUAUUUUUGGUCAUUAUUUGGCAUUUUCAAUUGAAAGCCUUGUGUUUUGUGGACAUUUAGUCAGUCAUGGUUUAGGAAGGCGUAUUUUAAAAAUCAUUUAAGCCGUUGCGAACACUUUGUUUCACAAAUUUUACCUUGGUUUGGCACGAUUCUAAAAAAAUCAAUAUUAUACUUGAUUUUUUUGGUAAUUUUCUCGGAUUUUUUGAUUGUUUUCCUUUGAUAUCUGGCUAAAUUAGUUUAUAUGUGCCUCUGUUAGAGUCUGCUGGGUAGCUGGGAUAUGUUGAGCCGGAAAUGUCAGCGGUUUUUACAUAUGAAACUUCAAGAUUUGUAUUUUUUCACUUUCAAAUUUGAGACAAUAGUUAGCAACUCGUAUUUUACAAUGAUUUUUUGCCUGUUUUUAUCGAUAAAAUUGUAUCUUAUAGGGUCUUAUCAGAGUGUUGAGUAUUGACUAUCGCAGCAUUAUCUCCAACAUCCGGUAAAUUGACCUUUGUUUUAUCUUCCACAUGACUUCAAAAUUAGAAAAUUAAAUUGUUUUCAAAAAUUUAUUCACCGGAAGUUCCAUUCAAGCCCUAAUAUGCGAGGAACACGAGUUGGCACAGCCCAUCGCAUUGAGCUAAAUGACCCAUGAACCGCGGUUAUCGUUAGACGUCAGAGCGUUCCAUUUAUGAGCGGACAAUAUUUAUGGAUUUGAGGGGGUUUCUAAAGAAUUUUGAGAAAGAGUUUUGAAGAAAUGGGUGUUCUGGGAAAGGAGAUGGGUUGUAGUUUGUAUGGGACUACGGUGGAGAUAGUUUGGAGUCCAGUUUUGACAUAAAAAUGGGAUUUUUUGAGCAAAAGGUCAUGGAUAAUAUGAAAUAAUUAUUAGAAAAGGGUUGUAAAUUUUUCCAAAUUGAUUGUAGAUGGUCGUAUGUGGGGUAGAAAGUAUGUUUUUUCGAUUUUGAGGGGGUUUGAGGACUUGAAACGGAAUGCCAAAAAUGGCGGGAAAUGGAAAAUUUGAAAAUUUUGGCUAAAUUUGGACAAAAAAUGAACGUGAAAUAGACCACAAUGGAUGAUAGGCUACUUUGUGGAUCUUUUUAGACAUUUACAAAUCCGAAAAGGAUUGAUUUUUGAUCUUAUAUUACACAUGUGUCAUCAACGGAACGACGCGAAAUUUGACUCAAAAAUUUUUUUCGAAAUGGAGAAUUUAAACGCCGUAAAAACCCCUUUGAUUCGCCAUCCAUAUGGAACGAAAAUAGGCUUGUCGUCGCGGAUUUUGGUAUUCGAAAUAAGCCGCUUUCUCCCGCCUGUUUACGCCGUUACUUUUCUUUAUUUCGUUUUGUUUUUUUUCGGAGUUUCAAACAGAAAAACAAAAAAAAAUCCCCGUCGAUUCUUAUCUAAGACCCUGACAAUGCUGGCAGUGCGAUUUAAAUGUCACGCUUGUCGUAUUGAUAAGGGGUUUGGCUUGUUUUUUUUGAUAGGACCAAGUUUUGAAACUUUUUUUGAGAAAUAAUGGAUUUUUGGAUAUUUUAGUUGAUAAUAUGGAUGAUUUUAGAGGGUUUAUGAGGAAGUUGGGUUGUAUUUGCCGGAAAAUGGCUUGAAAUUACUUUAAAAUUGUUUUAUUUGGGAGAUUUUGAUAGUUUUAGGUCAAUUUUUGGGUAAAUUUGUCUAAAAUAAGGUAAGCUUACUAAUUUUUGGUCGAAAAGGAUAAAUUUUUCGGUGUAGAAAGAAGGAAUAAGGCUUGUUGUUGAAGAAAAAUCUGUUUGAGACAGUGAAAUGGCUAAAUUUGCGGUCUGUGAUUUUAUUUUGUCCAAAAAUUGUCUAAAAUAAGGUGGUUUUAAUGAUUUGAAGUUCAAAAAAGCUGUUAUUUUAUGUUUACUUGAUAUCUGUAAGCCUUUGGGUGAAAGACUAACCGGAACUACCUCAUAUCCCUCUCCAUCAAAGACCGGAAAUCCGUUGUUUUUCCCCUAUAUUGCACUAGACAACAAAGUCUAGUAUAAUAUAGGAAAUCCACUCCGAUUUCCUGUCAACUUGCACAAAGUUCAUUGUGUUCAUUGAGUAGGUAAAUAUGAGUUGAAUUUCCGCCCGCCGAACACCCCAUCCACAAGUCCGAAGGGGCUCCCCUCGGGGGAUUUUUGGAAUAAAAAGCAAAAAUUUGCGUGUCGGAACCGAUAUUGAAAGUAAAUAAAGAAGAGGAGUCGGUUUCAGCCUCGCAAAUGGACUGGAAAGGCGGAUAAACCAAUUCACUUUCAUUGCAGAGGCGUUCGGAUAUUAAGCUAUAUUAUAGUAGGUAGAUGAGGUAAGAAAUGACGGAUUUUUGGUGGAUUAUUGGAGAGAUUGUAGGGUAGCAAGAUUGUAGAAGAGAGUUGAUGAGUUGUAGAAAAAUUUUCAAGGUGAUAAGACAGUAAUUGCAAAAAUUUUCUCGUAAUUUGCGCUGAUUUUGUGGAAUUUUUGCUGUUUAUCAAGAAUUUUUACAAGUUCCUUCAAAACUUUUGGAUGGAAAUGAUAAGAAAUGAUUGUUAAUUAAAUUUGGAAGCAGUAGUAAAAGUCAUCUUAAUUUAUGAUAAUCAGAAAUUUGGAAUUUUUCUAUUUUUAUCAGAAUUUUUGGGAAAUUUUGGAAAAAAAUUUUUUAUAGAGGUUUCUGGGUAUUUCAGAUUAUGUGAGUUUAAUUUUAGAGUAGUAAAAAUACUUUUUGAAAUGUUAAAAUUGGGACUUUUUGAAAUUUUUUAUCGAAUUUUCUCGAAUUUUCCCUAUUUUUUUGGAUUUUUCCGCAAUUUUUCGUGAUUUCUACAGGGUGCGGCAAUUUUUCGGCCGGAUUUGAAUUGGCUAUAACUUUUUUAGUUCUUAUCCGAAUGUUAAAAUUCUUUUUUUCCCUGAAUCCUCAGACAACCCCAUUUUGUUUAAUACCAAAUAUGUUAUAUAUACAGGGACCUAGUUCAUAGUUAUUGGCAUUUUGGUCGUUUUCUCUGCUUUUUCGGAGUGUGUGAAAAUCGCCAGAAAAAAUGACUUUUUUUACGAAUUUUGUCGUAAAAAGUUUCAUGCCUGUUCAUGCCAUCGAGAAUACCGUUUCCACAAAAAGUCAGCUAUCUCCGCUCAAAACUAGCGAAGAUAUAGCCAAAAAGUUUGUCUGUGUGACCACUCAUGUGCCCUCCUGACCGCAAAGAAUCGUUGAAUAUCUUGGUCGCCCCUGCAAGGCGCGGGCUGAAACUUUCAGGAAUUGAUAUGUGGCCUAUGUCCGACCCAUGUGCAAAAUUUAAAGAAAAUCUGAAAGUCGCACUGGGGGUAAUUCCAUUGUCAGCUAUGAAAAUUAGAGCUUUUUCUUUGUCUCGAAUUUUUACUGUAGUCUAAUGAACGGGUAUAACAUAUUUGGUAUUAAACAAAAUGGGGUUGUCUGUGGAUUCAGGGGAAAAAAGAAUUUUAACAUUUGCCCAGAAACUAAAAAAGUUAUGGCCAAUUAAAAUCCGGCCGAAAAAUUGCCGCACCCUGUAAAAAAUUUUUAAAUUUCAUUGAUGAUAUUGUGAUUAAGAGCUUACCGCAGACACUAUGUCUUUCCUAUUCGACACGUUUCGACCCUCGAAUAAAAACUUUUUGGACUCAUUUUACGAGUCCUCCAAGGAAAAUCGCGCUUUUGACGGCUUCAAAUGGGCUAGUUCGGCGUUGAAAAGCGUUGUAAAUGGUUGGUCAAGUAAUUUGAUAAAUAAUAGAGAUGAUGAUUAGGAUUUUUAGGGAGUUUUUGAUUAUGAUUUUUUAGUGGAAAAUGAAAAUUUUGGUGAUUUUUGGAUUUUUUAUGGAAAUUUUUGAUAUUUUUGGAUUUUUUUGUUAUUUUUUCGAAGAGUUAGAGCAAAAUUUUGAUCAAUAAAGAAGAAUAAGAUAAUAAUAGAUAGUAUUAGAUAAAAAUAUUUUGAAAUUUCAACAAUUUUUUUGCAAUUUUUUGUAAAUUUUUUCAAUUUAUAGCCGAUAAUUCGACCGGUUCCGCGAAAACACUCCGUCCCGCGGACUCGGACACCUCCUUCCACACUGCCAACACGUCCCCAGGAUCUCAGAACAGCAUCCAGAAGUCGUCGGGCUCCUCCUACGCAUCUACCUCAUCCUCACCGAAACAGGGUACCCCCAGGAAAAGUCUAACCGCCAAAUAUUUGGAAGCCAAGGCCAGCGAAAAGAAGGACACUUCGCUGGAAAUCAUCUCCGAGAGCGAUGCCAGCCCACAACCGGUCAAUGUGAAUACGAUUUUGCCGGAUUUGAGGGAGCUGCCGGAUACGGUAAGAGGGGGUUGGAAUUUUUUGCAUUUUUUUGGACAUUUUGAGAUGUUGAAGGUUGAUAAAAUGGAUGAGAAUAGAAGAAUAGAGCAUGUAUUACGAGUUGGCAAUGGAAUUUUGAUGAUUUUGAGACUUUCCCUGAUUUUCAACGUUUUCGUGACGGGACCCAAAAACUUCGAAAUUUUGAGAUUUUUGAAUUUUUGAUGAGGUUAUUGUAAUUAAAAGAGUUUAACAGCUAUUUUAUACAAUUUAGGAUGGUAGUUGCCGAUGUUACAGUAUGAAAUUUGAAGGAUUUUGAGAUUUUUUGGGAUUUUUUACCUAAAAUUUGGUUUUUUAUAUCAUUUUUUGGAAAAUUAUUUGAAUUUGGAUGCUUUCAGUCGUAUUUCAACCACACAUUGUCCUUCUACAACAAGGACGACGCGGGUUCGACGACGUCGGAGGACUCUCUGGAGAUAAUUAAUGAUCCUCAAGAGGUAAGGGUAGAAUAAUAUAAAAAAGUCUUGUUUUAUGUUUGUCUUGAUUUUUUUCUGGGUUUUUUCUGACGAUUAUGCAAUGAAAAUUCCAGGAGAAGCUCCUUGCACCCAUCAGACAGUCGCUUCUUCACCUAGUCGCCGAAGAAGAUGUCCCCGAAAUCCUCGAGGCAAUGGCCGAAAAUGUAAGUAAAGCCCAAAGAUUUUUGGCAUAAAAGACGUCAAAGCCCCGUAUUAGGACCGUAAGCACAUUGUUCUUGACGUCCGACUAAUGUUUACGGACUUCUUACAGUUGUAUUAGCCAAAAGAUGGGGUUAGCGUUAAAUUUAGUAGUUUUUUUGAAAGAAAGGUUUAUCCGACAGGUCUAGAAGGAGUUAUUUGGAUGGUAACUUGAUGACUCAAGUUGGUUGUGAUGUACGGAAGGGAUUGGGCUUAGUUUUAAGGAGAUCUUUGAGUUUUUUCGAGAAGAAAAUUAUGUUGGAGUAGGUGGAGUUGAAGAAUUUUUGGAAAUCCGGGAAAAUGGUAGGAUUACUAAGAAUUACUGCUUCGAAGCAUUGUAAAAUAACAUUUUUUAUUGUACAGAUCAUAAAUUUGCUGCAAGAGGCGUCGUUAUGGAUGUCAUCGGCAAUUCUUAUAUUGUUCAUGAGGCCUGAAAAAAUUGAUAAUUUUUGAUGAAAUUUUCGAUGGAAAUAUGGGGCUUCUAUGUAAUAUAUACUGUAAAUAGAAUGAUAGUGCUCCUCAAAGUGUUGAUUCUUCAUCAUAAAAGGAAUUGUGCUGAUAGCGAACCUUUUUUUUAUUAUCCAUGAGGUUUAAAAAAAUUGGUGGUUUUUGGUAAAAUCAUUGAGAUUUUGGAUGCUUAUUGUAACGAAUAUACUAGAGAUAGACUAAGCAUGCUAUAUUUGGACGGAUAUUUUAAGCAAGGAAAGAAUUAUGAGGUCAGUGAGCACUUUUUUUUAUUAUCCAUGACAUAGUCAGAGAUCGCCGAAAAAGGUCUCCCAAAAAUAAAGUGGAACGUGAAUUUGUGAAGCAUGAACUUUGUUUUGAUUCACACAUCGUUUCAUCCGCAUUUGGGUUUGCUUGAACUUUUAUACGAAGGUUCAUUGUACCGUAAAAAUACAAAAAACGUUUUGUCGAGUCCAAUGUUUCUUUUUAUAAAAGAGAAAAAAAAGAAAGGCCCGGUGAACUUUUGGCCACGGCCCAGCUACGAUAGGAAGUGACUCGCGUUGUUGCGGCUAUAAAAGUGACAUGAAGUAUGUGAUUUUACGCUCUCUCGAACCGAAUAUUUUGAACUAUAUUCGGGCUUUUUUUUGAGAUUUUUUGAAGACUACGGUGGAUAAAACUGAUGUUGUUGACAUUAACAUGACGAAAGAAACCCCUGGUCGAUGAAUGAAGUCUAUUUCGGAACAGUUAGCCUCAGGGGAUUUGCAAAAUUACGCGGAAAUUGGAGAGAAACACCCAAAAAUAGAUGGAAAUGGGGAAGAAUUGUGUAAUUGGAAUGUUGACAAUGGGCUUGGGUAUAAAAGUAGGGAGAGUAGGGUUGGUGGGGUCAGACGGAGAAAGAAUUAGGCAUUUGUGGGGCAGUAGAAAGCUGGUUUUGGCAUUUUUUGAACAAAAAAUGACUAAAAUGAGGUAAAAAUUGGAAAUUUUGGUAAAAAAAAGUUGUGUAAAGGACGUUUAUUGGCUGUAUAAAAGAUCAAACAGGGUCCUUUAUAACAGAAUAGGUCUUAUUUUAGUGCAUAAGACAGUUAGAAUAGAAAAAAUUUGGCCUUUUGGCCAAAAAAUACUAAAUUAAUAUAAAAAAGUUAAAUUUUUUGCUAAAAUUUCGUUUUUAUCUUGCUUUCUGUGACUGACAGACUCGAAGCAGGCCCUUUGCAGAAUGCUCAUUGAAUUACCCGAGCCUGCGGACCUUAAUUUAGCCGAAUUGACCCGUUAUCUUUGGAGGUCGCUCCACUUUUCCGAGAUGGGUGGCCUUUAUUUGCUUUCUCGGAGCAGUUUCCCUCAUAAAUUGCACGCGGAAACAGAUUUUCUUGUGAUUACACCCCUCCUUUUACAUCCAGUAAAAGAUAAUGGCCCAUUGAAGGCACUGAGACCGUAUUUUUUCGUAUUUUUGUUCCGCUUCCGCCAUGUCUGGCCUAAAAUAAGGUGAAAAAUGGCGAUUCGAAGUUUUGUGGUGUGUUUGCGGAAAAUUGAGGGGUGUUUUGAGGAAGCUGAUUGAAUUUGACGCAUAUUACUUCCUUGUUUUGAUAAGAAAUGUUGAGUUUGACACAGUGAAAAGAUGAAAUUGUUUUCGCUUUGGGCAAAUAAAGCGCAAUUCCUCGAGGCGUUUUGGGAUAUUCCCAAGGCUCUCAUUGUCGUCUAGACGGGAAUUUGGUGCAGCUAGAGAUUUGAGUUAGUCGUAGGGAAUAAUUGAGAGAAGGGAUUUUUGGACCUUCCGGACCUAGUAUAAGAUAAAAAAAUUGUCAAUGGGGCAAUUAAAGGUGAGCUAAAAGUAGAGUGGACCUCUGUUGAGGAAAUUGGGAUCGUUUUGGGUGAAAUAAUAUUGUUUUGAGGGUAAAAUACUUGUUAUGGGAUUCGAAAAUUUUUUGUCAAGUACAGAGACCUGAUGCAGUGGCAAAAAACGUACCAUUUUGCAUCCAGGAAGCAUCAAAAAAUGUGGCAAAAUACCUCCCUCUCCUAGUGAAAAAACUCAGGCCGCUCUUUUUGUGAGGAAAAAGGGCGUGCCCUUCAAAACGAAAUUUUUUUCACUUGGAGAGGGAAGUAUUUUGCCACAUUUUUUGAUACUUCCCGGAUGCAAAAUGAUACGUUUCUUGCCACUGGAUCAGGUCCCCGCACUGUACAAUAUAAAAAAUCGAAUAUUAUUGUUGACGAUUGAUGUUAUCUUGCUAAAAAAGAUUUUCUAAUAAUAAAAUAGACCUUUAUCAGUCUGCUUGGAGAUCUGCGAACUUUGAGCUUGAUAAAUAUUUUUUUUAUUUUUCGAAAAGUUCACUCCGACCAAGUGCAAUGUGAUGAAAUUGGCUCGGAUUAGGAGGGAAGUGCAGCUGAGCCUUGUUUACAGGUCAUGAUGUUUACUUAACAAGUUUCAAAAAGCUGUUGAUAGCAUUUGGAAACGUUGUCUUGAGACUUGGUUUUGCUUUUGUCUCAGUUACCCAUUUUUUUUUUGAUCUCCAGGAAGUUUUUGGCUGACUUUCAACCGGAAAACGCAAAUUCCUCCUAGUUGUUUUUUGUUUUCCUGUCCUUUUGGGAUGCUGUCAUAGGGAAUUGAGGUCAGAGAUGUGUUGUGAAUCAGUUUGGGCUCUUAUUUUCGAUGAUAACACAACAAUUAAUCUCGCUUGCAGUCUUUUGUCUCACCACGAAAAUGGAAAGGAGUUUGGCAUUGUGCAAAAUAAAGAAUUUGCAAAGAAAAUUUUUUUUAUAAAAACCAUUUUAUCGCCUUCCAAGUCCCGUUUCCUAGCCGAAAGUUCCCUCAGACGUCAGCAAGUUGACAAAUGACAUGGGUAUGAGCCAUCAAAGUCUAAAUUUACACGUAAAGACACUAUAAUUGAUAAAAUAUAUAAAUCUUCAUGACUUUUUUAUAUUUAUUUUUCCCAUUUGCAGAAUGCCAAAAAGUGCCAAAAAGCCGGGAACUGACUUUUGUUAUGGGGAAAAAUUGAUGUAUAACUCGUCAGCCGAGUAGUAAAUGUGCCGCGAUUUUUUGCAUGCUGUUUGACAAGAAUGUAUCAAUGUUGACUUCCAAGUUUCAUGCGAUUUUUCGUUAUUAUAAGUCGGUUAGACCGCGGGAAAGAUUGCAAUUGUUGAAUACUUAAGGUGGCUAUAUCUUGCAAACGGUAAAAACUGCAGAAAUUAUUUUAGGUGGUGCGGAUAGAGUUCUAUUCCCUCCUUCUUAUUUACUAUUUAUCCAAUCACCCGAUGUCCUCAAAAGUGAGAGGCGAUAAUAUUUGUUGGACCGUCUUUUUGUAACGAAGUGUUCAAAAAUUUCAAUCAAUAAUUGCAACGAUUAGCUAAAAAAGCGCUUUUCAAUUGGGAUUAAUUGUUGUGUAAAGUCAAUUCCCUCAUCAUUUGUGGAAUGUAAUUCAAUUUUUGGAAAAUUUUUGGAGAUUUUGUUGAUGUUUCAGCUCAAAAAUGAUGCACUUUAGUCGAAAAUUGAAUUAGAGAGGCGAGAAGGAGAUGUAAAAUAUACGAAGUUGCCGAGAAAUCCGAGAAAAUUUGCCUGAAAACUGGAUUUUGGACGAAAAAACUAAAUUUUUGGAUCUUUGCUGGGUUUUUGGCCAAAUUUCGCGAAAAUUCUAUGUUUUUUUUGUGAAAAUGCAAAAAGAACAUGUCCAGCAGGCUUGAAAUUAUCUCCAUGUCGCGGGUCAUAUGGGAAUUCCACUCGAGAUUGAUGGAAUUUUAACUCAAAAACCAAAAAAGUCCGGCUCUUAUGAAGAAACGGAAAAAAACAUGGCCAUUUCUGUGUAUGGCCCGGCAUUUGAACGCCCGAAGACAUGUUCAUGGGCUUGCCGGACCCGUAGAGAGUGUUUAUCCGUUAUUUAUGGACUAAAAUACAGUACCUUUCUGGGAGAAUUUUGAGGGAAAAUAAAAAAAUUGGGCGGAGAAACGGAAAACAUAAAAUAAACAUGGAAUUAUGCGAAAAUGAUGGGGUAUAAAGAUGAAAUAUGGGAUUCGAAGCUAUGAUUUUGAGGUAUAACGGGGAGUUAUGGGAAAAGGAACGGUUUGAAAUGGGAAAAACAUUCUUUUUUGAGGAUUUGGACAUUGUUUUAGACGAAAAUUACAAUAUUUUGGGUAAAAGUAUGGGUUUAGGUGGAUUUAUAAGGGAGAUUCGGAUGUUUAAAGGUAGUAUUGAGUAGAUGGGAUUGAAUUUGAGGUAUAUUUUGUAUAUAUACACCUAUUUUUACUACAUUUUUACCCAAAAAAUGGGGUUUUUGCAAAAACUUUGCCGUAAUUUCAUUUUGAAAAUUGCGUAUGUUAAAAAAUAAGCUUCGCUUAUAUCCCUCGACUAUCCCCAACGUCCGCAGCCCCGUUUAUUUGUGCGUGGGAUGGCGGAACCGGAACAUUGCCUCAGGCAAAAUUAAUUUAUAUCGGCCAAACUUGGAAAUAAAAGUAAUGUAAACUGUUCGACUUUCCCUCAGACGGGUUCAAUUCGGGUUGCAGAAAAUACGGCGGAAUUUUUAAUGGCGAUUAGCGAACUUUAACUGUUGGAGUGGCCGUCCAGAAAUAUGUGAAUUUUUUUGCAGAAGAUUAUGUUUGAAUAGAAAAUGUUGGUGCUUUUGGAGAGAAUUCGCCUCUCUAGACUUGACGAGAAGCAGGGAUAUUCUUAGAAGGGACUUGAAACCUUCUUUGGACAGUAAUUUAUGUUGUAGUAGGUCUGCUGAUGGAUUUUGUCGAUUUUGGGCAGAAAAUUGGGGGUUUGAUUGGUAAUUUUGGGUUUUUUGGAGACUAGAAUCUUCGGAGAAGGCUGAAAUUGGCGGUUUGAUUAGCAGAGAGAAGUUUAGUUGGAGUUAUGGGCAUCUAUUUAUAUUAUACUAGACAAAUAAGGAGUCAUUUAUGAUGGAUUCGUUUUUCGUAUAAUUUAUAAUUUUUAAGCCUAUUGACUCUUCUUAUUUACGGAUAGCUAUAAUAUGACCUCACGGUUGGCUAGGAACGCCAUUAGAACGUGUUUGGUACAGUCACACACACGUGUGUUAUAGUGUUAUCUUCGAAAUGGUCAUAUGAUCGGAUAAUGCCGUCGAGACAAACCAGUGGCUAUAUAAAUUGCGUAGAUUUUUCAAUUUUUGCUUACUCCUUUGUUUUGCGAAGAUAUUUUCGCGGAUCUUCAGCUACGAUAAGCAAGAUUCCAUAAAAUGCGUCAUGAUGACAUGUUUUUAGGAGUGAGAUAUAGGGAUGUUUUGUGGUUGAGCGAGUGUGUUAUGAGCUGUCAGAUAUGAAAAUAAAUUUUUUUGUUUCUGGGAGACUGUAAACGGCAUGUUAUGCUCUUUGGGAUGACGCAUUUUCUGGAAUGUUUUGUUUUUCCGUUAUCAAUUUUAUGCCACGUUUCGCAACGACGUUGAUAACCUGCAAAAUUAAUUGAGGAGGUUAUAAACGUGUUGUUUUGAAUGAUCAGCCCUCAUGAUGUUUUCGCAGACGAAACUUUGUACUUGUCACGCUAAUUUCAUUGGGGAAUAGAAUAGUCUUUUCUUUCUCCACCACUGAUAUUCCUCCCACCAUAUUAGACGGCUUGAAUAAGAACAUUCUCGCCGAACACCCUUUUCACGCUCCCCUAUUAUCGAAUGGAAAACGGUUUCCAUUCAGAAUGUUAUGUUAUUCAUGGUUUGGAGUGGGCGUCUGAAGAAACCCCCUCCCUCCUUCGGGGAUCGGCGGUUGAGGUGCUGGAGUCCAGAAUUGGCUUAGAAUGUUCGAGGAAUAAGUCGGUGAUCGGUUCUUCGUAACGGCACGGUGCGACGGGUAAAUAAAGUCGGACUGCACUGUGCGGAGGAAUUUAUUUCGAAAGUUGAGCAGGGGAGAGAGGGUGGUUGGGGGAGAUUGGUGGUUAUAAUGUGUGUUGUGGGUUACUGUAACGGAUAAGGCAUCAAAUUUUUUCGUUUUUGAGGUUUGGACAGCACUGCGCGGCAAAAUUUGGAGUUUGCACAGUGCAGUGAAAAUUGAACUGUGUAUUGUGAAGGUAAUAUUGGGUAUGAUGGUUGUGUUUUGUGGGUUUGAAGAACUUGUUGGGUUACUGUAUCCACCGAAAAGAUCAAAUUUUUAUUUUUGGCAGUUUGGACUGCACUGUGCGACAAAAUUAAAAUUCUGCACAGUGCAGUGGAUAAAAAACUGGUUUAUGUGCAAAAGAAGGACGAGACUGGGAAUGUAGCGGCAUUAGUAGUCCUGUCAUGUCGUAUUAGCCCUAAAGCAAACCAAUUCUCCUUCCAAAAUUUUUAAAAGGAGCGAAAAUUUUGCAAAAAUUUCUCUAGCACGGUUCGAUUACCAUAUUUUUUGUGGCACAGUGCAAUAUCAUCUCUAUUUUGGAUUUUGUUUUGUCGGUUGACCCUUGGGAUUUCUUCUUAUGACCUAAAGUCUCAAUUUCCAUCAAAACUCAAUCCAGAAAACGGGUCUUGGCCUAGAGUUUCGCCCUCUGAAAUUACAGAAUAAGCCCUCGAAAACCGAAAAAGUGUGGGAAUAUUUGCGUCCAGUAACGCCCCGGCCUCUUCACAUUGUCAAAUAUGGACUUUUGAGUUCGAGGUUUGGUAUAAAAAUUGAAAUUUCUACGAAAUUUUUUGUUUUUUUGAACUUUUUCGUGCGCAAAUGAAAUUAAUCCGAAAAUAGCUGCCAACGUCAGACAAUGCCCAUUAUUGGGCUGUCAUUUCGGCAGCAGAAAAAGUUGUGAAAGCACUCGUUAUUCUCGGGUAGUUUUGGAAAUUGGUUUUGGAAAGACAAAGAGGAAGAAAGGCUGUUUUUGGAGGGGAAAUUCAAGUUGGUUUAGUUGGAUUAGAAUGUGGAAUUGUAAAAAGUUGUAGAAAGUCAUGUUUUAGAAGAGAAAAUCUUCUGAAAUACGAUAAAUAUUUUGUAAAAAACGGAAAAGCUAUUAUGGUUAGCUGUUUUAUAAAUUUUUCACCAAGAAAACAGUGGUCAUAUUUACGUCGUUGGAGAGACCGUGAAUCAACGCCCGAAUGGCUAAAUUUGGAAUGUCGAAAUGCGGUUUCAAUUUUGAAUAUUGAAAAAAACUUCUGUAAAAAGUUCUAGAAAGUUGUAUUUUAGAAGAGAAAAUGGUUCUAAAAUACGAUAAAUAUUUUGUAAAAUACGAAUCUUGAUUGUGUUGAGUUAUUUUAUAAUUUUUCACCAAGAAAAUCUAAAAUAAAAUCAAGAAAUCUCUAAAUUAAUGCCCAAAUAGAGAAUUUGCAAGUUGAACUUGCAAUUCGAAAGGAAAGUUUGUCAAUUUGAGACGAUUUUUGGGUAAUUUGGACAUUAAUUUAAAGAUUUUUUGAUAUUAUUUUUGGUUUUCUUAAUGAAAAAUUUGUAAAAGAGCUAAACACAAUCAAGUUCCUUAUUUUACAAAAUAUUCAUCGUAUUUUAGAACCAUUUUCUCUUCUAAAAUACGACUUUCUGGAACUUUUUACAGAAGUUUUUUUCAAUAUUCAAAAUUGAAACCGCAUUUCGUCACUCCAAAUUUAGCCAUUCGGGCGUUGAUUCACGGUCUCUCUCCAACGACGUAAAUAUGACCACUGUUAUAAGCGCCUUAGGCAAAAGGAUAUUAAUUUUUUUGGUUUUCGCAAAGUUUUAUUCCGUUUUUAACUCCGAAAGAGGGUUAAAUCUUUCAUUUAGAGGCAGUCGGGGAGUGGAAGGCUGGACUCUUUAGAUGGUUGGGGUUUAUAAACCAGAAAAAUGGUUGUUGGAGUACUAGUCGCGGCAAAAAGUCCUUAGAAUUUUUCGCGGCCCCCAAAUCUCAUCGCACCCCGAAAUGUUGAUUUGUCGCGGGAAUCGCGCGCGACAAUAAGGCAAAAACAAGAAAAUUGCACUGUGCAAAAGCACUUUUCGGGUUCAUGCACAGUGCGGAGUCGCAGAAAAUUCUAAGGACUUUUUGCCGCGACUAGUACAGUAACGGAAGAUUUUAGUAAAGAUUUUGGGAUUUUUAGGGAAUAAUUUUAAUUUUUUGAAGGAUUUUUGCCUAAAUUAAUGUAAAUUUUGGUAUUUCGAAUUUUUCUUAUACAUAUUUUACAAUAUUUUUUGACUUUUUACUUCGUAUUUUAGCUUCAGAAAUUGUGUUUUUUACCCGAUUUUAAAAAGAAUUUCUUAUUGUUUCCCCAAUUUUCCCCUCUUUUUUGACCAAAAAUUUUAAUUUCUCCCAUUUUCAGCUGACCUUCCACAUCAUUCAAGACACUAGAAUGGCCGCCACCACCUCCAGUUGCAUCCAGAAACAGCAGCGAAGCAAGAGCGAGUCGCGCCGCAUCUGUUUCACGGAAGAACCGCCACAAGUUUUCGCCUACCCCGACGAGAACUUUGCCAUGGAGCUGGGCGAGUGGAAAGAGGGCCGCCCCAUCACCUACAACGAAUACCAAAACAUUGUCCAAACCGCGAACGAAGAAACCCAACAUCAAAUGAAUCAACUGGCCCGCUGGCGACACCAAAUGCAGCUGAAAUACUCCGAGCAGGAGCGAGCAUUGGAAGGUAAAUUUAUUUCUUGCGACUUUUUGGGAAAGCUUGUUUUUGCACUGUGCGAAAAAUUUUUUCCAAAGCACUGUGCAAUUGAUGGAAUGCACAGUGCAAAAAUUUUGAAUAUACGUUUUUGCACCGUGCGGAUUCAGGAAGUUGUUGGAUGCACUGUGCAUGGAUUUGUCGCAAAGAUUGCACAGUGCAAAAUUUUUUUGAAAGAUUUGGUUUGCACUGUGCGGGCGAUUCUUCGAAAAUGCACGGUGCGAAGUUUUGCGACAAACUUUUUGCACUGUGCGAAAGAUUUUUUCCGACGCACAGUGCAAUUGAAUCUGUCGCACGAACGCACGGUGCAAAAAUUUUUGCAAGAUUUGAUUUGCACUGUGCGGGUCAGAAAAUUGUUGGAUGCACUGUGCAAAAAGACGUUUUUUAUCGCACAGUGCUUCGAUUUGUCGCAGAGAUUGCACAGUGCAAAAAAAUUUUUUUGAAAGAUUUGGUUUGCACUGUGCGAAUUCCGAAAAUUGUUGGAUGCACUGUGCAAAAAAGCAUUUUUUUCUGUGGCACAGUGCAUGGAUUUGUCGCGGAGAUUGCACAGUGCAAAAUUUUUUUGACUUAGUUUUGCACUGUGCGGGUCAGAAAAUUGUUGGAUGCACUGUGCAAAAAACAUUUUUUUUUUUCUAUCGCACAGUGCUUCGAUUUGUCGCAGAGAUUGCACAGUGCAAAAAUUUUUUUGAAAGAUUUGGUUUGCACUGUGCGAAUUUUAUAAAACUUUUUCUGCACUGUGAAAAUCUUGCACGGUGCAAAAAUCUUUUUGAAACGCACUGUGCAUUUUUUUGUCGCAGGAAUUGCACAGUGCAAGUUUUCUGAAAAUAAAAAUUUUGCACGGUGCGGUUUUGAAAUUUUUUUCCGCACAGUGCGAAAAUCUUUUUGAAACGCACUGUGCAAUUUUUUGUCGCAGGAAUUGCACAGUGCAAGUUUUCUGAAGAUAAAAAUUUUGCACGGUGCGGUUUUGCAAAAUUUUUCUGCACCGUGCAAAAACAAAAACGUAUUUUUGCACAGUGCAAAUUUGUUGCUAGAUGUUGCCUGACGUUUGUAUUUGACCUAAAAUCUUACUAAUUUCACCUCAACUUUCAGACGCCGUCCACCAAAUGAACCAAGCGGCCAUAAACUCGGUGGCCAGCACCCCUCCCGCACCCCCACCCCCACCUCCGCCAUCUAAAUGGCCCCCUCCGAAAAGCCGUGCCAAAGAUCCCUUAUUUUGCGGAAAUAUUUAUUCUCAAUUAUCAUGUGAUUAA